UCUAUGGAAGCCACCAUGUCGAUGUCCGGACACUCAGAGAUUUGACGGCCAGCAAAAUCCCAAAGCUGCACUAAUCUAGCUAGAUAAUUUACCGACCACAGCUUCAAACAUCUCAAGUUUAUUAAUGUUAAUUUCAGCGUUAUUACCGGAGAGGACGCCGACAAUGAACCGUUUUAACUCCGCCGUCCCGGAUGAGGAGUACCUCGCGGACAGUAACGUGUUGUUCUACCUGAGUGAUGCGGUGACUCAGCUGCUGGAGCAUAAAGAGGAGUACACGCAGUUUGGGGUGAUCCGCUACUUUGCUGAAUACUUCAGCAGCGUGAAGAACAGUAACCACGUGCUCUUCAGAGAGUAUAACUACAUCAGAGCCACUCCUCAUAACAGAGCCUCCUUCAUCAGAGUCUUCUGGAGAUGCUACCGACAGAUCGGCAAGAGCGGAGAUUUGCUGUCCAUGCUGGAGUACAGGUCUCUGCUGCAGCUGCUGUGUCCAGACUUCCCUCUGGAGCUGGUGCAGAGUGCAGCCAGAAUUGUUCUGAUGGACGACGCCAUCGACUGUCUGAUGUCUUUCUCUGAUUUCGUUUACGCCCUCCAGCUGCAGUUUUACUACCAAGAGUUCCUGGACAGCGUGCUGCUCAUCUACCAGGACCUGUUAGCGGGGAAGAGUCCGAACACCGUCAUCGUCCCCACGUCCACCUCCAUCGAGCAGCUCCCCUCUGUGGCUGCGGAGGAGAACGACACGGAGGAGCAGCGGCAGCAGGACGGAGUGGAUCCGUCCACUCUGGCUCAGUGUGUGGACGCCCUCUGUGAGCGGUUCAAACACAGUCAUCCUCCCAGGUCCUGUAUAGGGGAAGUACUGGAACAGACCAACAAAGUCUCGUACUACAGCUUCUUAAUGAGCCUGGCCAAACACGAGACCAUCAACCAAAAUAUUGGAGCGUUACCCAGCAAGGCAGAGCUGCUCAUUGACCCAGAGAUGGACCAGGAACUGGACAAACUAAUCGCUCAAAUCUCAGUGACAGGCAGCAACAGCAGCGGCAGCGCGGUGGGCGCGCUGAAGGAGGUGCAGAGGAAGGCCUCCCCCAGGAGGAACAUCCACCACAGGAGGAAGAUGGAGGUGGAAAGCGACGGCUCCACAGAAGAGACGGACUCCUCUGAAAACUGACCUCUGAGCUUUCACCACUGCGUGACUCUUUAACGGCUGUGUGGUCAAACAUGUCUUUGCCAUUACUAUGGAAACCCACUAACUAGAGGCAGAUCAGCGCACACGUCACACGGACAGAACACACCAUCGUCUCGUUGUCUUUGUGCUGUGUGGUCCCGGUCUCAUGUCUGCAUGUGGUCAUGUGACGUGCUGCUCUGCUGCUGCAGGGCGUAAUCUGACCAAAC